GUGGGCACUGGUGGGUGGCACUGGCACAGGUGGGUGGCACUGGUGGGCACAGGUGGGUGGUGGGCACAGGUGGGUGGGCACAGGUGGGUGGCACUGCUGGGCACAGGUAGGUGGCACUUCUGGGCACAGGUAGGUGGCACUGCAGAGUGGCACAGGUGGGUGCACUGCUGGGCACAGGUGGGCGGAACUUGUGGGUGGCACUGCUGGGCACCGAUCAUCAGGGCACUGAUCAUCAGUGGCCCUGAUGAUCGGUGCCGAUCCUCGCUCUGACAACUGCCGGUUCUCGGCAGUACUUUCCUCACGAUCUGACAGCGUGAGGAAAGUGCAGCCGAGAACCGGCACUUGCAU